CUGUUGAGUAGCAUCCAGUAUGAGCAUGACACUUGAAAUGAAGAAUGUGAGCCUGAGAACAGGUGACAAGCUGAAAGUAAAGGGGGAAAUUCUGCAUGAUGCUGAGAAAUUUCAGAUUGACCUUGGUUGGGACUCCGAUGACCUGGCGUUGCACUUUAACCCCCGUUUCCAUGAUGACGCAGAUGGUGCUGUCCUCGUGUGCAACUCAAAGGUUGCUGGUUGUUGGGGCGAUGAGAAACGAGAAAAAUACAACACUCUGCAGAAAGGAAGUGAUGUAAAGAUUGAGGUAAAGCUGUCUGGAGAUGUGUUUGAAGUGGAGCUUCCUGAUGGACAGGAAGUCCAGUUUCCUAACCGUGUUGGUAUGGACGUCAUCACCUAUAUCAGAGUGGCAGGCGAUUUCAAAUUGACGAGCUUUAAGAUCUGCUAG